GUGGGUCCACCGUGGGACUUCGUAGGCGAGCGCUUCCUUCGAGAUGCUCCGACGGCAACGGCCGAAAGAUGCGUGCUAUCUGCUCAGUCCAAGAUGCUUUAUCGGCCGCCUCUCAUCCAAACGUUGACAGAACGGCUCACGUCUUCGCGUUGAUUGCCGAAGGCUGACGGGAUCUGGCAGUACUAGUCGUUCGGCUACGCUGAAACAUUGCGUGGAUCGAAGAUCAUGCGGUCCUAUGCCAUUCUUGUCGGCGUCUGUUUUGUCUUCCACGCCCUUGAGGGCAGAAGCUCCGACAUUGAAGAUGGGCUGAUCGGCUGCUGCGACGAAGGCAGCCAGUGGGGCGCUGCGCAUUCGGGAUGCGAUGGCCUCCCACUGCCACAGCUGCUGGCCACACAGUCUUGUCGCAUCGCCCAGGAGAUAUGCUGCCGAUCGUCGUUGCGGCAGAGGAUGUGCGACGCCGGCAAAGACGCUGCACGCGCGGGCCUCCCCUGCCAGGACGUCCAGAGCACGUGCUCUGGUGACACUUACCGGGACUGCUGCGACGGCUGUCGCCUCGGCUUGGCGGCCGCGAAGGAAGGGGCUCCGUGCCGACCGCAGACCUUCUCGCUGGGCCUUCCCUGGGACGACGCAUUCUACCAGUGCUGCUCGGGAAGGGACGACCUGCCUGACGACGCCCCUCCAGCGGCUCACGAUAACCAUGUGCCUGCAGGUCCUGGCGACAAAAGAAGCGAUGUGCCAGCAUGCCCGAUAGGCCAGGAACUUCACAACAACGGCCGAAGCUGUGUGCCCGUCAAGUCGGGCAAUGGCGGAAACCAUGAGCGGCAAUGUGACCGGAACAAUCAAUGCGAACAACUUUGUCACAUGGUGGACUCUUCACCAGUUUGCGAAUGCCACGAAGGAUAUCGCCUGAGGGAUGACCUGACCACUUGUGCAGACAUCGACGAAUGCUCUGAGGGAAGGGACGACUGCGACGAAACCCGAGAACACUGCAUGAACAUACCGGGAAGCUUCAAAUGCAUACUCAAGGCAGACAACGUUGCCCUGCCUGACGCUGGUGGAGACGUGCCCCAGUGCGAAGCUGGUUUCAAGUACAACACUGCCAUCAAAGACUGCAUAGACGUGGACGAAUGCUCGGAGGGGCUGGACGACUGCGACUUGGACUCUCAAAGCUGUCUCAACACGCACGGCGGCUACCAGUGUCUUUCCAAGAAAAGCAAGGAAUGCCCUGGUGGAUACGUCUGGAAGGACGAUGCUGCAGCGUGCGUGGACGUAGACGAAUGCGCCGAAGACUUGAGCGCUUGCGAGGCCGAUCUCGAGGAAGAGUGCAAGAACACAGUCGGCGGCUACGUGUGCGACCCGAUCUGUGGCCAAGGCCUUCGCUACAACAGCCUCUAUGCCAAGUGCCUCGACAUCGACGAAUGCUCCCAAGGCAGCCACAACUGCGGCUCGUCUGCGCUCUGCGUCAACACGGACGGUGGCUUCCAGUGCAAGAGACGCGAAGUGAACGUUGGUCGGGCCGCGCUGUGCCCGCAAGGAUAUCGGUACAGCCGGCACACGCGACAAUGCCAAGACACGGACGAGUGCCGGGAAGGCACGCACAAUUGCAGCUUCUCCACGCAGAGUUGCGUCAACACAGCGGGCGGCUUCAUCUGCCGGGAUAGAAAUGUCUGUCCGGAAGGAUACCGCAUGAACAAGAGCACCCGCUCUUGCGCUGAUAUUGACGAGUGCAGCGAAGGCCGAUACGUGUGUUCCCAGAGGGGAACACGUUGCUUGAACACGCCGGGAAGCUACCGCUGCGUCAACAAGGCGCGCUAUCAGCCUUGCCCGGAAGGCUGGCGCUACGAUCUUCAGGUCAAGGGAUGCAAAGACGUUGACGAGUGUGCCGAAGGACUGAGUAGCUGCGCCAGGGGCGAAACCUGCGUCAACGGCCUGGGCUCUUUCAGCUGUGUGCCGCUCUCAAACGGCGAUUGUUCACCGGGGUACCGGAAGAACGCCGAGACUGGACGCUGCGAAGACAUCAACGAGUGCGAAGAGUACACGCACAGCUGUACGGGCCACCUGCAGUGCAUCAACACCAGGGGCAGCUACCUGUGCGAGAGGCGUCCCGACGCGGUUCCCAGCUCCACUGGAGCCAAGGGAAGUCCAGGCGACCCCACGUGCGGUGCCGGUUAUCGCACCGAUCCGCUCACGGGAGCUUGCAGAGAUGUGAACGAGUGCCAGUAUGGCGGCCACAACUGCCAGAUUGGUUUCCGCUGUGACAACACACCCGGGUCAUUCACCUGCGUCCGAAUCUCGGGCUGUGGAACUGGCUACACCGUUAACGCCGCCACAGGACAGUGCGAAGACGAUGACGAGUGUGCCCAGGGAAUUCACAACUGUGGCCAAAACUUCGAGUGCCAGAACACGGAGGGCUCGUUCCGUUGCGUCAGGAGCACUUGCCCCGCCGGGAGCCGCCGCCUGGAUGACGGCAGCUGCCAAGCCAUGAACUGUCUGCCGGGACACACCAGUGACAGCUUCGGCAACUGCGUAGACAUCAACGAAUGCGCCCACAACCGCAGCUUGUGUGGUCGCUACCAUCGGUGCAUCAACACCGUGGGCUCCUACCAUUGCGAGAGCCUACUCAGCUGCACGCCGGGAUUCGAGCCUAAUUCGCAGGGGAACCAGUGCCUAGACAUCGACGAGUGCGCCACCAACACUCACGAUUGCCGGGAGAACCAGACGUGCAACAACAUACCCGGCAGCUACUCGUGUGAAUGCCCCGUCGGGUUCCGCAUGAACUCCUUCCGGGAUUGUGAAGACAUCGACGAGUGCACGCGCUUUGCGGGCCGAGUCUGCUCCGUCAACUCCCAGUGCAUUAACACACCGGGUUCCUACACGUGUGACUGCAAUCCUGGAUUCAAGACGGGCUACGAUGAACGUACCUGCAUAGAUAUCAACGAAUGCCAAGACAACUCACACUCAUGCGACCAUUCGUGCAUCAACACCUGGGGCUCGUACCAAUGCAUCUGCAGGAAAGGAUUCCGCCUCGCCGAAGACCAGAGGACAUGCGUGGACGUGGAUGAAUGUGAGAUGUGGAAAGGUCGGGGAAGCCUGUGCAUCGGCACCUGCGUCAACGAACCGGGAUCCUAUUCAUGCACCUGUCCCGAAGGAUAUGUGCUUCACAAUGACAAGAGGACUUGCCAAGACGUCGACGAAUGCGAGCGUGACGACAUCUGCCGGGGUGAAAACGAGGUGUGUCUGAACACCCGCGGAGGCUACCGAUGCAACAUACUGGACUGUCCACCAGGAUACUACAGGGACGCCGACCACAAGACUCGGUGCAAGCGAGACAAGCGUGAGUGCGCCAAAGGGGACGACGAGUGCCGCAAGGAGCCCAUGUCGCUCUCUUUCAACUACUUCACGCUGCCACACAACAUGAAGAUACCGGUGUCCGGCCACCAGGACUUCUUCACCAUGCGGGGCCCACGCUUCAGUUUCUCAACCGUCGAGUUUGAACUUGAGCUGGUCGAGGCACGCGCAUCUUCCAGGGCCCACGGCGUCGAGGUCGCGACCAGAGAGCACUUCUACUUGCGAAGGACCGGUUUCAAUGAAGCCAUGGUGUCCAUCGUGCGGUCGCUGCAGGGGCCUCAAGACAUCCAGUUGGAGUUGCGAACCAGCAUCUACCACCACGGCCUGUACAGCGGCAGCGCGCUUGCAAAGAUCUUUAUAUACGUCACUGAGCAUGAAUUUUAGGGCUGAACUCAUUUCCCAAGCCGAUCGCUUGCAAAAGUGUAUCCUUUUAGUACACCAUCUUUCAUUGUUACGUGGCCAAUGACCGACCAUCAGCCAAUACACGCUGCACUGCACGGAAGAAUACAUCUUUUUGGUUUGUCCUGACUUGCCACACAUAUAAAGCUUUAAAGAUCCCUUCAAAAAUACGUGUUCACUCUUCUUGGAUUCUUUGAAAAUGUGAAUGCUGGUCUCAAAAAGGGGGCAACAUGUAUCUAUUGAAGCAUUUAUCAAAAUGGCAAGUCAGAAGCCACCUAAAGGAGUAACAGCUAUAGCUAACAGCAACAAUCUUUCGGCGAAUAUAUAAAUAAAUAGUCAUGCACUGAGGCCCCACCAAUAGUCAUGCAUUGAAGCCCCGCCAAUGUCGAAAUACCAAGUAAGCCGCAUUUGUUUACUUUCGUUCGCUAAAUGUAAUGCUCAACUGGGAGCAUUUUAUUACUUCGCUGCCCACGAAGGACAAUUUCUAACAGCGACACCGAGAUUAUGAUAUUCAUCAAAAAAAAAAAACGUUGAGCCAACUCACACCCUUGUUGAGGCUAAAUCAGUUGCACAUAAGCGUUUUUCGUGCCAUGUUUAAAUGCGCCCCGCGGCUUGCGCUACAUGUUCAAUUUUCUGUGUGGAUGCAAGCACUCGUCCCGAUCACCGUUCCAUUGCAGCCUUUUUUUUUACUUUAGUCAUAACCCUUGCAAACUCCCUGAGGAACAUUUCGUAUUAUGAAGUGUGUUUCACUUAAAGCGAUUACGAGCCGGUCCCGUCUUAGCUGCGACAUAUAUCACAUCCAAGCUUCGCACUCCUGUCUGUGAAGACCUGUCGUGGUCAAUGUAACAUUCGCAUUCUCAAGAACGUAGCAAUAUGCUUAAUUGUUUUCCGCGUAGGCUUGUGCCGUUAGCGAAGCUAACAGGAACAUAGUGGUUUGUGAAACGUUUUGACCCCCCCCCCCAAAAAAAAAAGUAGGCCGGCAGACUUUCAUGACGUGCACGGGAAUCUGAAUUUUGAUGAGCUACCCGACCAUGCCGCUCAAGUCAUCUCAUACAGCAAGAAUCAGCACUUAUUUGAAAAAAUCACGCGCGAAAAUCGUAGGGUCGCAGCUGAGCAGUCGAACGCAUUCACACUAUACGAAAGUGACGCGAAGGCCCUCUGUGACACUGUUCCCAGUACUCAAUUUGUGUUCUUAUCGUGGAAGAUUCCGUUCGCACCUGAAAAGCCUGGUGUCAUGUGACCCUGUUACCCUUACAGAAACGCCAUCUAUGACGUCAUUGGCAGGGUGUCACAUAGCUUUCAAACCUGCUUCUUACAUUAGUGAUACUAGUGAUACUAGCAAAACAGUGAAAACCGCGAAGAGGUCCGACGUAUAGCUUACGGGCGCCCCAAGUUAGUGAGUGAGAAAGAGCUUUACUUAAUGAGCAAGGUAUUUCGGUGGGCGGCUUUGCGGCUUGCAGGCCACGAGCUCCCGGGUGGGAUAUUCUUCUCUCUUGAUGACCUAGGCCGGUUGGUCAGGAUAAGAGCCACACAGCACAGUAUUAUUCAUUCCCUGAUUGUUAUUGGCCACUGCUGGGAAUGACCACAGUACGUGGAAUUCGCUCUUUCCAAGCAUUGCUUGCGUGUCUUGGAUAUUGGUGCAGGUAGUUGUAAUGGUGACAGGAUACGGGGUUAAGGUAUGCGCAUUGGCCUGGAGUUGCCUCUCAUUUCAUUCUUGGAACCUCUAAAGUGAUUUGUGUGUUGGCUUGUACACUGCCCUGGCUAACACGUAGAGCUGAGUUACCUCCUGAUAGCUGGCUAUGCGAUCCCACUCCGAUCGCAGUGCGAGCCACCAUGCGACUCGGUUGGCGAGUUCUCGAUCUGCACUGUAGGUGGCAUCGUUGCCAGGUCCCCACGUGACACGGCCCUGCAGUAACACUGGUGAAAUCGGGAUACUAAUUGCAUUUCACUGAAAUUGUACCGUUGUGGUGUGACGUCUUGAGUGACGUUUCUUCUCAGGCGUCGCGACAACAAGCUGUUGAGGUGCUCUCCCAGCUGUAGAUGCGUGUUUCUUUUGCUCGUGAGCAUGAAUGAAAGAUCGCCGCUGUUGCAAUCCGUGCCAUCGGUUGGUGUGGCAGGCAUCGUGUUUCUUACUAUGCGCAGGAGUCUUGCGUCGUCUUUGUAAAUAUUUCAUUAAAAACGCAGCUUUUCAGACAGACCUCUUUCCUCUAUAGUCUGUGCGCUUUUUACGUAAGUAAUAGCGCUUUUACGACGUGGCCAGCGGCGAGGGCGCCGAAAGAGUGACACACCGCACACAUGCCUCUACCGAAAUUUAUUUUUUCUUCUUUGAUGUGAUACAGAGCACGAAAUUACACUCGAUUACACUAGCUUGCCUCGCGCCUGCUCCUGAAACAAAUUUCUGGCUACGCCGCUUGUCUUGCCGCAGAAAGACGCCAAAGAAAGCAGUAUUGGACACCGCGAAGGAAAAUGUUCAGUAAUUAUUUUUUUUUUGCAAAUAUAUUGAACAAACAUGCUGUUUGUAUACACUGUCUAUAUGCCUACAAGCCUCUGUGAAUAACAAUGAAAAAUUUUCAAUAAAAUUGCAGACUGAAUAUUGCGUCUUCAGUGUUCACGUACCUGCUGAUGAAGAGCACCUAACUGUUGGUACAUGGAUAGGACAAGAACAAAAAUAAAAUGCUACAAACGGCUCAGCUAAAAAAAAAUGCGCUGGGAAGUUUAAUAAUUGAGGGUGAACUCGCCCAAUCCCACACUUCAGAAAUGGUGGCGGUAAUAGCACGAACAAGCAAAGUCUAGCUCAUUGUAGGUAACUGCAGGCUACACCCUAGCUGCGCAUUGCAGACAAUAACAAGAAACAAGGCAUCUCUGCCAAGAUAGACGGUAAAUAAUCGCAAGGUAGGCUGACACUUUUCUACCAAAUAACUAAUCUUACAGCAAUGCAGGUAAGCAGAUGGGUUGCUGAAACAGUUGUUUACUGUAGCAUUGUUGUGAUGUGCGUGUUGUGAACACCGGGUAUAGUUAGCGGCGUGCAGUUGUGACUUCUACGAGUGAUGAUGUCACUAUAUUAUGUCCAUGGUGUUCCGUAAGCUUUGUACUUCUACGGCGCAAGCGGUUAUCGUAUCACAAUUGCAGAGGCGUAGUUGUCCCACGCACCGCCUUUGUAUGUGACCACCAGCACGCGGAAUGAGAAAAGUAAAACAGAAAAUGGUCUGGGAAUGAAUGAAAUUGAAACACGAGCCUGCUGCGUGGCAGUGGCGUAUUAUACAACAAAGUUCCGCUGGUGUUUGAAACAAUUUCGCAAGGAAACGUCCUACAAAUGAUUGUGUUGAUAUAUAUAGUCGCAAAGGCGCAAAAUAACCAGGUGCCACAUGAUGCAAAUUGCGCAAAAAGUGAGCAUGUCGUCGUUUGCUUCCAACCCAUUACAAAAGGCCCAGCCAUAUUUAUUCGACAUCAGCCACAUGCAGCAUGAACAGAGUUCACAUAAUGCCUUACAGAUGAGUAUCGGGCACCACGCUUCUCUGCAGAAUGACGUAUAGCGGCACGAUGCCUCCUUAUUUCACUGAAGGUAUACGUUGAUUUAUGCAGUAGAGGGUACUUCGCAUGUGGACUUGUAUCGAGAGAGUCUGCGAUGGGCUCCAGAAAAGCCGCUAUUGCAGAUUUUGCUCUGACUGUGCUGCGUGUCCCGUUAAGACCUGGUGAUUUCUUAAGCUGCCCUUUUAAUGCUGUUCUCAUUGGUCACAGAAUUCAGCAGGCCUUCCCCUCCCGCACACACUUUCUACGCAGCCCCUCAGCCCACUGUGCAGCUUCAGUGCGUAGAAUUUUAUCACCCAAGUUUCAGCGUUGCGCGAGGCAUUUCGCCUACAAGCAGCACGCUUCUAUGGUGAAACUACGUUUCUGACUCCAACUGCAUUCUAUAAGUACCUGCGGUAGGCGAGCUGUUGCAAGUUAGUCGGCGGCAUCUAUAAUAUUUUCUUCUGACUAUCGCGGUUUAUUUGUUUCAUGAUGAUGUUCUUGUGAGAAUUUGGUGGCAGUGGGGGCAUAAUCUGUGAAAAUCCGGCGCCAGGGAGGGUACAUCACUGCGGGUGUACACAACGAAAGACCUAAGUGACGGCGAGGAAAAAAAAUUGUAGCCGAAUGAGCAUAAAUUUGUUAUGAACGUGCCCAUAUAAUUUUAUCGCAAAUAAAUAUAUCGUAGCCCGACAUGGCUGCCGUGGCUUUAGAAUGUGUUGCACAUAUUGUUAUCUCUGGGGCAUGUUGAUGUUUUUUAACGUCUAUAGUGAUAUUGUGCGCGAAUAAGCGAGACGCCAUCAUUGUGAGCUCACAUAUUUAAACUUGCUUUAUUGAUCAGCCCUUCGCUCAGGAAUCUUCAGUCUCUUGCAUUUUCAAGCAAGCAUUCCUAUAAUAAAAAAUAUAUGUUAAAUAACAUUGCGUACCGGAGACCGGUGUCUGAAUAGUGUGUUGUGAAGAGCUUUCACGCACGAAAAUGCGUGUGCAAUCCUGAAUAAAGUGCUGUGAUUUUGUUCAGUUUAACAGUA